CAAGAAUCUUCUACGGGUGACCCUUCAGCAUCGCAUAUUUUUACUUGCUACUCUCGACAUCAGACCAUGGAACUUCCCUCUCAGCACGGUCAUGGCCACGCUGCUUCCGUGGAUGAGCAAGCGCCUCCGCUUUAUUCACCAUAUGUUGAUGACAGGCUAGUGGUAGAGUCAGCAGAUGUGCAAGCCGAUGGCCGCGUAAAUGUCGAUCUUGACUCCAAAUUUGCUAGAACACUAGCCAAAGUUAUCGAGCUACAGCAAGAGGACCUUCAAAAUCCACCCCCAGAUUACCUCUGGAGGCAGUCAGUGCAGGAUCAGGCGGUCGGAUGUGAGAUACAGCUAAAUAUCGUGAUACAAAUCGUGGGCAGCCGAGGAGAUGUGCAACCGUUUAUCGCAUUGGGGAAUGCGCUACAAAAUUAUGGGCACCGGGUCCGGAUAGCCACACACGAUGUGUUUGCUGACUUCGUCACUCAGUCGGGACUUGAGUUCUAUCCUAUAGGUGGCGAUCCAGCUGAGUUGAUGGCUUUUAUGGUCAAGAAUCCGGGCCUCAUACCCAAGAUGGAAGGAUUGCGCGCCGGGGAGAUACAGAAAAAGAGGGCGAUGGUUGCUGAAAUGCUUGAAGGCUGUUGGAAGUCGUGCCUUGAAGAUGAUCCAGUCACAAAGGCUCCAAUCGUUGCAGAUGCUAUAAUUGCAAAUCCGCCCAGCUUUGCCCAUAUACAUUGUGCGCAGGCGCUCAGUAUCCCGGUUCACCUCAUGUUUACAAUGCCUUGGACUAGUACCAAGGCUUUCCCUCACCCGCUCGCCAACCUGAGCUCCUCAGACAUGAACCCGAGGACAGCAAACUGGGUCUCAUAUGGUGUUGUGGAGUGGCUUACAUGGCAGGGACUAGGAGAUGUGAUCAACCAGUGGCGGGCAUCCAUCGACUUAGAGCCGGUCUCAGCAACAGAAGGACCUAGGCUGGCUGAAACGUUAAAGGUUCCGUUUACUUACUGCUGGUCUCCAGCUCUGGUCCCGAAGCCGCAGGACUGGCCAGCAAAUAUUGGUUAUUAUUCCAUGGAUGUUUGCGGGUUCUUUUUCCGCGAGCCUCCCACCUACAAGCCUCCACCUGAAUUACAGAAGUUCUUAGAUUCUGGACCGCCACCCGUGUACAUAGGAUUUGGUAGUAUUGUCAUUGAAUGCCCUCAGAAGAUGACCGAUAUCAUCCUCGGAGCAGUUGCACGGACUGGGGUUCGUGCGAUUAUCUCACGGGGUUGGAGCAAACUAGGUGGUGCACCGAGUCCCAAUAUCUAUUACAUCGAUGACUGUCCACAUGAGUGGCUUUUCCAACACGUGGCUGCCGUGGUACACCAUGGAGGUGCUGGGACAACAGCAUGUGGUCUUGUCAAUGGUCGGCCGACUAUUGUUGUACCCUUUUUUGGGGACCAGCCAUUUUGGGGUCACAUGGUGGCGAGGGCUGGAGCUGGCAGCAGGCCCAUUCCUUAUGCAUCACUAAAUGCACAGGUUCUGGCCGAUGCCAUUAUGUUCUGCUUGACACCUGCAGUGGCACAUUCCGCCCGGGAUCUUGCCCUGAAAAUGCAAUAUGAAGCAGGAGUUGCUGCAGCAGUUCAGUCAUUCCAUCGUCAUUUGCCCCUAAAAAAGAUGCGUUGCUCUCUAAUCCCUAGUCAACCUGCCGUAUGGAGCUACACCCGGUCCAAACAACCCAUCAACCUUUCCAAGGCAGCUGCUCAAAUAUUGAUAGACAAUGGCAAGAUCGAUGCGGGACACGUUCGGUGCCAUGACAUCAAUCCUAUUUAUAUAGAAAACCGACGUUGGGACCCCGUGACCGGCAUUAUAUCUGCCUCUACAAGUACAGGGUCUGAGAUGAUCAAAUCAACUGCAGCGAUGCUAUAUGACCCGUACAAAGAAUAUACACGCGGUCGUUCUGGAAAGUCUCCAAGAGCCCGUACUGAGCGCGACCUGUCGCCUUUGAGUCUAGCAUCGUCAUCAAACUCAAGCAAGCGUCCAGAGGCAGAGAGACAACCAUCAGGUCCGGGCACCACAGUGACUCAGGCCAACAGCGAUCCUAGCAAAAGCUCCUUAUCAACGGCGGGGAGUAUGGUUGGGGCUUCUCUGAAGGGGUUUGGCAAGUUUACGGGAGCUUAUUUCAAAGGUGUAGUGGUGGACAUACCCCAUGCUGCUGCGGAGGGCUUCCGGCAAGUUCCUCGACUCUAUGGGGAGGAACCCAAAGACUAUGGUACAGUCCGGGAUUGGAAGAGUGGUGCUACUAUGGGCGGCAGGAAUUUUGUCGAUGGUAUGACGGGUGGCUUCAAAGGCUUCUUCACCGAGCCGGUUAAGGGUGCCAGGGAGGAUGGGGCGCUAGGAGCCGUUAAAGGCUUUGCCAAAGGAACCAUUGGGCUGGCGACUAAGGUUCCGUCGGCCGGGAUUGGUCUUGUGGCUUAUCCUUUUCACGGUAUAGCGAAAACGAUCGAGACGGCUGUCAGAUCGAAAACUAGGAAGGCUAUUGUCAAUGCACGGCUUAAGGAAGGGUAUGAAUUGACCAGACAAUUACACCUGUCAGAAGACGAGCAGCAGGAUCUCCUACGCAGGUUUCAACUUCUUACACAUCGCUUGGAUGCGUGAUAUACUCGUCGGCACGUUGGAAUAGUGAGAGAAUUGUCAGUUGAUUUCAUACUACCCCUGUGCGCAAUGCAUCUGCAAUCUUUACUUGCUGCGUCAUGCGAGUCCAUCGAGAUUUUGCCUGCAUGUAUCUACGAAUGAACCACAUGUACGACGUAUCUUCCUCUUUUCCCACAUUUUACUGUCCUUCGUUCAGAUUGAAUCUGCAUGGAUCGUCAACAUCAUAUUGGCUUCUUUGCGCGAAUUCGACGCCAUGAGAUAGGGCUUGUUGCCGAGGUUCGUUGCGUCGGACACUAAGGAAUAGCGGUUAAUGCGCUGCGUGGUAUGUCUUAAAUUUAUGAUCCUGAGUGGACUGACAAGACUGUCGUUCUUCCCUGGGCCCAUGUUUAUCAGCGGCGAUACCCGGGAUUCUGCUGAAGAAAUGGCCGGAAGACCAACACUUCCGGGCCCAAGCCAGGAGGGGCAGUCAGGCCGGG